UGUGGCGGGGAGAGAGGCAUUGAGGGACGAGGCAUUGAGGGGAGAGGCAUUGAGGGGAGAGGCAUUGAGGGGAGAGGCAUUGAGGGGAGAGGCAUUGAGGGGAGAGGCAUUGAGGGGAGAGGCAUUGAGGGGGGAGGCAUUGAGGGGAGAGGCAUUGAGGGGAGAGGCAUUGAGGGGAGAGGCAUUGAGGGGAGAGGCAUUGAGGGGAGAGGCAUUGAGGGGAGAGGCAUUGAGGGGAGAGGCAUUGAGGGGAGAGGCAUUGAGGGGAGAGGCAUUGAGGGGAGAGGCAUUGAGGGGAGAGGCAUUGAGGGGAGAGGCAUUGAGGGGAGAGGCAUUGAGGGGAGAGGCAUUGAGGGGAGAGGCAUUGAGGGGAGAGGCAUUGAGGGGAGAGGCAUUGAGGGGAGAGGCAUUGAGGGGAGAGGCAUUGAGGGGAGAGGCAUUGAGGGGAGAGGCAUUGAGGGGGGAGGCAUUGAGGGGAGAGGCAUUGAGGGGCGAGGCAUUGAGGGGAGAGGCAUUGAGGGGAGAGGAAUUGAGGGGAGAGGCAUUGAGGGGAGAGGCAUUGAGGGGAGAGGCAUUGAGGGGAGAGGCAUUGAGGGGAGAGGCAUAGAGGGGAGAGGCAUUGAGGGGAGAGGCAUUGAGGGGAGAGGCAUUGAGGGGAGAGGCAUUGAGGGGAGAGGCAUUGAGGGGAGAGGCAUUGAGGGGGGAGGCAUUGAGAGGGGAGGCAUUGAGUCCCGUGUUCCCCCUCCGCCCCUCUCCGCGCACUCGCCUCUCCGCGCCCUCCCCGCGCUCUCUCCGCGCCCUCAUCUCUCCGCGCCCUCAUCUCUCCGCGCCCUCAUCUCUCCGCGCCCUCAUCUCUCCGCGCCCUCAUCUCUCCGCGCCUUCCUCUCUCCGCGCCCUCGCCUCUCUUGUUCAUCGCCUUCCCCCCCUUGCCUUCGCUCCCCCCUGCGCCGUUCUCUCCCACCGCUCCUCCUCAUUCCUUCCCCUACCUUCCCACCUUUUCUUCGUCGUUUCUUCUCUACUUUUUCCUCCCUCCCAUCCGUGCCCCGCAACUCCUCUCUGCCUACCCCCUCUGUGGGACCGCCCCAUGCCUUCCUCCUGCCGCGCUUCUCGGAUGCUUUUUCGUCCCGCCGCUCGCCACCUGCCGCUCGCCACCUGCCGCUCGCCACCUGCCGCUCGCCACCCGCCCGUCCCUGCCGGCCUCUUCUUCCCCCUCCUGCCUUCCCUCCCUACUUCCCUUUCCCCUCCGCUCUGCGCCUCCCCCUCAACCCCGCACUCCUCUCCCCGUCGGUUGUCCCUUCACCUAUCCGUGUCGUGGUGCCGCCUUCAGCAGCACCCUUGGUGGGGGCAGGUUCAGGCGUCAUGGCCUACCAUCACGGGACAGGUGGGAAGGGGACAGGUGGGAAGGGGACAGGUGGGAAGGGGACAGGUGGGAAGGGGACAGGUGGGAAGGGGACAGGUGGGAAGGGGACAGGUGGGAAGUGGACAGGUGGGAAGGGGACAGGUGGGAAGGGGACAGGUGGGAAGGGGACAGGUGGGAAGUGGACAGGUGGGAAGGGGACAGGUGGGAAGGGGACAGGUGGGAAGGGGACAGGUGGGAAGGGGACAGGUGGGAAGGGGACAGGUGGGAAGGGGACAGGUGGGAAGGGGACAGGUGGGAAGGGGACAGGUGGGAAGGGGACAGGUGGGAAGUGGACAGGUGGGAAGGGGACAGGUGGGAAGGGGACAGGUGGGAAGGGGACAGGUGGGAAGGGGACAGGUGGGAAGGGGACAGGUGGGAAGGGGACAGGUGGGAAGGGGACAGGUGGGAAGGGGACAGGUGGGAAGGGGACAGGUGGGAAGGGGACAGGUGGGAAGGGGACAGGUGGGAAGGGGACAGGUGGGAAGGGGACAGGUGGGAAGGGGACAGGUGGGAAGGGGACAGGUGGGAAGGGGACAGGUGGGAAGGGGACAGGUGGGAAGGGGACAGGUGGGAAGGGGACAGGUGGGAAGGGGACAGGUGGGAAGGGGACAGGUGGGAAGGGGACAGGUGGGAAGGGGACAGGUGGGAAGGGGACAGGUGGGAAGGGGACAGGUGGGAAGGGGACAGGUGGGAAGGGGACAGGUGGGAAGGGGACAGGUGGGAAGGGGACAGGUGGGAAGGGGACAGGUGGGAAGGGGACAGGUGGGAAGGGGACAGGUGGGAAGGGGACAGGUGGGAAGGGGACAGGUGGGAAGGGGACAGGUGGGAAGGGGACAGGUGGGAAGGGGACAGGUGGGAAGGGGACAGGUGGGAAGGGGACAGGUGGGAAGGGGACAGGUGGGAAGGGGACAGGUGGGAAGGGGACAGGUGGGAAGGGGACAGGUGGGAAGGGGACAGGUGGGAAGGGGACAGGUGGGAAGGGGACAGGUGGGAAGGGGACAGGUGGGAAGGGGACAGGUGGGAAGGGGACAGGUGGGAAGGGGACAGGUGGGAAGGGGACAGGUGGGAAGGGGACAGGUGGGAAGGGGACAGGUGGGGAAGGGACAGGUGGGAAGGGGACAGGUGGGAAGGGGACAGGUGGGAAGGGGACAGGUGGGAAGGGGACAGGUGGGAAGGGGACAGGUGGGAAGGGGACAGGUGGGAAGGGGACAGGUGGGAAGGGGACAGGUGGGAAGGGGACAGGUGGGAAGGGGACAGGUGGGAAGGGGACAGGUGGGAAGGGGACAGGUGGGAAGGGGACAGGUGGAAGGGGACAGGUGGGAAGGGACAGGUGGGAAGGGGACAGGUGGGAAGGGGACAGGUGGGAAGGGGACAGGUGGGAAGGGGACAGGUGGGAAGGGGACAGGUGGGAAGGGGACAGGUGGGAAGGGGACAGGUGGGAAGGGGACAGGUGGGAAGGGGACAGGUGGGAAGGGACAGGUGGGAAGGGGACCAGGUGGGAAGGGGACAGGUGGGAAGGGGACAGGUGGGAAGGGACAGGUGGGAAGGGGACAGGUGGGAAGGGGACAGGUGGGAAGGGACAGGUGGGAAGGGGACAGGUGGGAAGGGGACAGGUGGGAAGGGGACAGGUGGAAGGGGGAAGGUGGGAAGGGACAGGUGGAAGGGACAGGUGGGAAGGGACAGGUGGGAAGGGGACAGGUGGGAAGGGGAACAGGUGGGAAGGGGACAGGUGGGAAGGGGACAGGUGGGAAGGGGGCAGGUGGGAAGGGGACAGGUGGGAAGGGGACAGGUGGGAAGGGGACAGGCAGAAGGACCCAAGUACGCCCAUCCGCAGGUGGUCUUCUUCACCUGCUUCUUCAAGUCGACUCACCGCCCCCCCUCCCAUUCCUUCCCACAACGCACCGGCGGCAGUGCUGGGGUUGCACAGGCGGCAGUGCUGGGGUUGCACAGGCGGCAGUGCUGGGGUUGCACAGGCGGCAGUGCUGGGGUUGCACAGGCGGCAGUGCUGGGGUUCCACAGGCGGCAGUGCUGGGGUUCCACAGGCGGCAGUGCUGGGGUUCCACAGGCGGCAGUGCUGGGGUUCCACAGGCGGCAGUGCUGGGGUUCCACAGGCGGCAGUGCUGGGGUUCCACAGGCGGAAGUGCUGGGGUUCCACAGGCGGCAGUGCUGGGGUUCCACAGGCGGCAGUGCUGGGGUUCCACAUGCCGGGCCUCUCAUCGCUCGCGGCAGCUCUUGGCUUCUACCUGCUGGGCAGCUGGUUCACGAGCAGCUUUGUGAUUGACUUCGUGGUGUGCGUGCUGCUCAUCGCGCUCGACUUCUGGGUGGUGAAGAACGUGAGCGGCCGCAUCCUCGUGGGGCUGCGCUGGUGGAACGAGACCGACGAGGCCGGGGAGACGCUCUGGCACUUUGAGUCGCUCGACCAGGCCGUGAGUGGAGUGCGGUGGAAGGUGGUAGAAGAUGGUGGAGGGUGGUGGGGUACGGCGGGGCGUGGUGCAGGGCAGGGUGUUGGAUGUUGUGAGGGAGACGCUCUGCUCAAGCUCUCUGUACUGCUUGUUUCUCUCCUCACUCGCUGUAUGUUCUGCUGUCUUCACUCUUUAAUUUCCUCUCCUCGCUAUAUCUCUCCCUCUCCUCACUUCAAAUUUAUCUCUCUUCCAUUCUCUCUCUCUCAUCCCUCCCCUCCUCCCUCUCCUCCCUCUCAUUCCUCACCUCCCUCUCCUCCUCCUCCUCCCCUCCUCCUUCUCCUCCCUCUCCCCCCUUUUCUCUCUGAUCCCUCUUCUCCCUCUCUUUCCUCACAUCCCUCUCAUCCCUCUCCUCCCCUCCCUCCCUCUCCUCCCCCUCACCCCUCUCCUCCCUCUCCACCCUCUCCUCCCAUUCUCUCUCUGCAGUCAUUGGACCAGCUGAGCAAGACGGACGCAUGGGUCUUCUGGUGGACACUCUAUUGCACGCCAGCGUUAUGGCUGGGGCUGGGGCUCAUCCAGGUCAUCCGGCUGAGCUUUGACUAUCUGCUCAUCAUCAUCGUGGCUCUUGUGCUCGGCGCUGCCAACAUCUACGGCUACACCAAGUGCCGCCGAGAUGCCAAGAAGCAGAUCCAACAGUUUGCAGCACAGACCAUGGCACAGAAUUUCGCCUCUACGCUCACCUCUGCCCUCGCAGUCUGA